UGCUGAGGGAGAGGGGGCAGCAGAUCGGCAACCUGCAGAAUGAAUCGGUCCGACCGGCUAAGCCGAGCAGCCGCGGAAGGCAACGUGGCCGAACUGCGAAGGCUGCUGGACGAGGGCGCCGACCCCAAUGGGCUGAACGCGUACGGCAGGAGCGCGAUUCAGGUGAUGAAACUGGGCAACCCCAGAGUGGCCGAGCUGUUGUUGGAGAGAGGAGCGAAUCCCAACCUGCCGGACCCUUCCACGGGCUCCCGGCCGGUCCACGACGCGGCCCGCGAAGGGUUUCUGGACACUUUGCAGGUGCUGAUCUCCGGCGGAGCUCGCCUCGACCUGCCGAACCACUACGGCCGCCUCCCGCUUCAGGAGGCUGCAGAAAAUGGGCAGAGCCACGUGGUCCAUUUCCUCACCCAGCGACCGACGGACAACGCUUAGAAGCUGCUGGCCGGGGACUCCCCAGUCCAGCCCGGCGCGCUGAUCCGCUGCAUUGGCUCCUUUGCGUUUCCCUAAGUAGCUGGGGCAACAUUUGAGGAGGGCGGGGGGGGUUGACGGCCUCUCCCUUUAAGCUGAGAGACGGCUUAAAAAAAAAAAACACGCCAGUGAGGUCAGUUCAAUUAGUCAAAGGCAAAUUAGUUCCGCUCCCCGAAAGGGAGUAAUUAAAUCAAACUUAACUGCAAGUUAGUUAGUGUCAAGAUAGUCCAUCGCAAGAUAGUCAGGCUGAAGAAGAGGCCCUAUCUUGAGUUUGUUGUCUGUUGACUUGAAUAAGAAACCCGUCUUUCUUAUCCAAUAAAUCUUUCAUUUCCACUGCCGGCUGUCUUCUUCCUUCUUCUGUUUGAUCCUAUAUUCCUCUCUGGGCUGCCCAUGAUUUCAAAAGAAAUUUGGAUUAAAAAUGAAGGAUGUCCAGUGUAUAAUCUUGGUUUUCUUGGGCAGAAUCAAAGCAAAACACAAAGCAAGUGUGUGGAUUUGCAUCUGAGCACCGGAGACUUUUUUUAUAUAGAUAAAAAUUUUUAUUAUUUUUUUUUCAUCAACAUAUAUUAAUUUUUCCAAUCAACAAGUUGUCUGGAGUUUGCUAUGCUAAUACAUGUUCAAUUCCUAAUCCUUCGU